UUCGCAAUCAUGAACACUACCUUUCACUGGUCUUCUCUGUGAACCUACUUAAACUGCACAUCUCUCCUUCUCCUCCCUGUUUUUUUCAACUCACAGCUCUCAAGAACUGGAGGGGUUUUUGAAUCAGCUGAGUUUGAGAGCUUCUGCUUCUGCCUUUUCUCUCAUUCCGGCUAAUAUAAUAUGGGUUUUGUUCUGGUAAUUCAAACUUGAAUCCCCAGAAAUUUUUGGGAAAUGAGAUGGAUCCACCUACUCUGAUGAACCAAGGGUCAUUUCCUAAUGACGCUAAUGCCAAUGCGAAUGCGACGGCGUACAAUCUCUCCGAGAUCUGGCAGUUCCCAAUUAAUGGCGGAACUGGCGUUGAGGAAUCUGGAGGUGGGCUUGGAUUGAGGAUGGCUCAGUUUGCUCAUAAUUUGGGGCAGUUUGGAGAGAUUUCCAUGGAGAAUCCAGAAGUUUCGCGCGGUGAUCCAGUGAGUCAGAGAGUAGUGGGUCAUGGCCAUGGCGGUUCCAAGAAGCGGCGUGAUGCAGAGCUCGAUUCGGCUAAGGCUAGUUCCACCAGUAAUGGCAACAAUGGCAAUAGCGGCGGGGCGAAUGUCUCUGCUGGAAAACGCCUUAAAACAGCAGCUUGUAGAGAUGAUAAUCACGCAUUUAAAACAGAAGCAGAACCCAGAUCUGGCAAGGCCGAGUGUAACUCCCAGCCCCCACCAGAACAACCGAAACAGGAUUACAUUCAUGUGCGAGCAAGAAGGGGCCAAGCAACUGAUAGCCAUAGUUUGGCUGAACGGGCUAGAAGAGAAAAGAUAAGUGACAGAAUGAAAAUUCUUCAGGAUUUGGUCCCUGGGUGUAAUAAGGUCAUUGGAAAAGCACUUGUACUUGAUGAGAUAAUAAAUUACAUUCAAUCGCUUCAGCACCAGGUUGAGUUCUUGUCAAUGAAGCUUGAAGCAGUUAAUUCCAGAGUUAGUCCUGGCAUUGAAGUGUUUCCUCCUAAAGAUUAUGGUCAGCAGACAUUCGAUACAACUGGUGUUGCGUUUGGUUCACAAGCAACAAGAGAAUACAGCAGCCGUGGCCCAUCGCCAGAAUGGCUACACAUGCAGAUCGGUGGGGGGUUCGAAAGAACGACAUAGUCUAGUAAAAACUCCUGAUAUCUCUGCUCAUAAACUCCUCCAUAUAAAAUACUAAAAAGUUGACCAUCUGCUGAACAAGCAUUAUUCUUGUCAAAAAUAAAGUAUUGCUUGGAAUGAAUUUUCUACAUUAUUAUUGUUGCACACCUUUUCUGAACUCUUCAAAGCUUUCUUAGCAUUUGAAGCCACCAUAGAUAUAAGCUUAGUUUUGUUCUUGAAAUAACCACUGUUC